ACCACUCCACCUAGCUGCUAGACACACAUUAGAAAUGGCAAGCUAUCUUGUUAAAAAAGGAGCCAUAGUAAACAUACAAACUAAAAGUGGGAACACACCACUUCACAGUGCUGUAAAUUACAUGUCAUUAGAAAUGGUAAGAUAUCUAGUAAAAAAAGAAGCACAAAUAAAUAUACAAAAUCAGUGUGGAAAGAGUCCAGUUGACAAUGCUGCACAAGACGGUUCAUUGAAAAUUGUCUGUUACUUUGUAGAAAAGAGAGCACUUACUGAAACAGAAAAAUACACAUCAUUGAUUGAUGCAUGUUUAUCUGGAGAGAUUGAAGUUGUGGAAUUAUUACUAGAAAAGGGUGCAGAUCCUAAUUAUGGUAGUAUCACAGCAAUGCACAUUGCAGCAGGCCUUCACUCAACAGACAUCCUACAGGUACUUCUAGACAAAGGUGGGGAUAUGAAUGCUCUCACAAACUCUGGUAAUACUCCACUCCAUGUUGCAAUGCGGUAUGAUUUAAAAUGUAAAUGUUCAUUUCCUGGUAUUAAACAAAUGUGUAUUGAUUAUUUGUUAUGCGAUGAUCCACAUUGCAAACCAGAGAAACAAACUGAGAUUGUAUAUGACAGACGAUUAUAUUUGUACAAUUUUGAAGAUGGAGCAGAAUAUACAUGUAAUACAUACAGCAAAUACAGUGUAUAUGAAAACCUAGAUCCAGAGCCAGAGCCAGAGCCAGAGCCAGAAUGCCACUUCUAUGGUGAUGACGACGACAUAUAUGAUUUCCCUGCUUAUGACCUACCGAAAAAGAAUGAUGUACUCAUUGUACAUAAUACGGGAGAUUGGUUACUUGAGAACGGCUGUCAUAUUGAUGCUCAAAACAAGGCAGGGCAGACAGCGUUGCAUGUGUGUGUGGUGUAUUGUCAGCUUGAAAACCUCAAGUUUCUGUUAAAGAGGGGUGCUGAUGUCUCACUUGUAGACAAUGAUGGUAACUCUGUGCUGCAUUAUGCUGUGGAUAGGUUACAUGUUGAGGCUGUGGAGACAUUGAUAGAGUCAGGCGCUGUGGACAUUAAAAACAAUGAUGGAGUCACUGCUUCUGAUCUCCUUGAUAGGAAAGUGGAAUGCUUGGAUGAAGCCAAAUGUUUCAAAAUAAUUUCUCUGUUGACGAAGCAGUUUGGCUCUUGUGUGUAGAGAUGUUAAAUUGACCCGUAUGACAAAUUUAAGUCUUUGUCAUUUAAAACUGUAAUCACUGAGGAACUUAGUUGUUAGCACAUGGUUCCGUGUGAUAAAACUAAAUGUCAUGCUUGUGCAUUAUGACAUUACUGCGCAUGUAUUGAAACUGUAAUUCUAGAAUAUAUCGGAUGAUUCAUAAAAACCCCACAAAAAAACAACCCAUUCCACUUUGAAGUUGAA